CCCAGAUUGAGCAUGAGCCGGUCUCCGGCAACACGGAGGAUGAGGUUAGACAGUCGUCCGCUAAGAGCCGGGCAUCACUUCGUAGCCAGUUUAAAUCUCGCCUGGAUGAGACGCGACAGGCCGUCGAGGAUAGACGUACAAAAUCUCCGGUUAUUUCGUUACCACCUCAUAAAUCUAUAGAUGAUGAAUUAAUCAUAGAAGAUGAUGAUGAUCUGCCUAUACCUGAUGAUUUAAAAGAGGAGGUAUUUAUGAGGGAAGACACUCUAGAUGCUGGUACAUCUCCUCCCCCUAGUAAACAAGAAGUCAACAGGAAAAUCAGUGUAGCAUCUAGGAAAUCAACCAAUUUAUCAGAACAUCCACUAGUUAGUGAAUAUUUAAGGGCAUAUACAGGAAUCCAUAAUUUUAAGGAGGCAAUGAGCAGAGUGCUGGUUGAUAAAGAUCAAAUGUCAGCCAGCCAGAUUCUGACAGAUUUAGAUAUUUUACAGUUCAAUAAGGACGAUAAAGUUGUGCCGCAAAUCUCCAACAUGACAGAAAAUAUCUAUUAUGUAUUAAAUGAGGUAUCUCAAGUAAUCAACAGCGUGCUACAAAAUGACAGGGGUCCUGUUGUUUCCUCAUUAAUGAUGGGAAUGUCAAGGGAUGCAACUCAACGAACUAUAAUGCGGGAGAAAUCAGGUGUAACGGCUGACGCGUUAGAAACACGAGGCAGUCAGAGGACGGUCUCGACGAAGGCCGGCAGUGUAUCGACCGACGCGGCUCAGUAUCAAGAUCUCCAGGCUCAGUAUGAAAAAUUGUUAGAUAUGCAAAUAUUUGGACAGAAUCAAAUGUCCGACGACAGUAAGAAAUACGAGGAGCAGCAGAAACACAAUGUGGUCGUCAUGAUGGAAAUGCAGGACACUAUUAAUCAACUUCAACGAGAAUUAUCUGCCCUUGGCAAGCAGACGCGACGACCAGUUUCGGCAAGUGCUUCUACAGCUGGUAUACAGAAUACAGACUCGGCUAUUAUGUUUACGCGUCUUGACUCGGAGAGGAACGCCAAGAUCAUGAAAAAAGCAGUGAACGAGAGGAAGCUUGAUGCUAAUAGAUAUAAAGAAGCCAUGGUACAGAUGGAUGAAUAUGUCAGCUUGCCAGCACAACGUUUAGCUCAUCUCGUCAGGAAAUACGUUCACCACUGCCGUAUGAAAGACAUUGAAGAAAAUGUACAGAAAAGUCAAAGUUUGAAUGAAAAUGUGUUUGAGCUGUUUGAUAAAAUGGAAGCCUUGCAGAAUCAC